AUGGCUCUCCAGGAGGCUUCUGAAGCCUACCUGGUCGGUCUCUUCGAGGACACCAACCUGUGCGCCAUCCACGCCAAGCGUGUCACCAUCAUGCCAAAGGACAUCCAGCUUGCUCGCCGGAUCCGUGGAGAACUUAGAAUCGCAUCUGUGACCAUAAAAGAUGCUGAUGUUGAAGACGGGAAAUAUGAAGCUUUGAUACGACUUUUAGUUUCAGAAAGUGUUUUCUCAUUCCUUCAUGCCUGGAUGUGUUCACCUUGGGAAGUCAGAACCGUAUCUGUGACCAUAAAAGAUGCUGAUGUUGAAGACGGGAAAUUUGAAGCUUUGAUACAACUUCUAGUUUCAGAACUACACUCGUUACGCGCCACAAUAGAAUUGGCGCCAGAAUUCAAACAACUCAUAAUCUGCCCUGGAUUAUAUGUUGCGCAAAAGAUUGCAUCGGAUGUAAUGACCUGGAAUCUAGGCUACGAGAUUAUGUCUGGUAAUCCCAAAUAA